CCGCCCAUUCCCCGCCUCCCUCCUUGCCCCGUUGCCCUGGAACCCGCUGUAAAUAUCCCGAGACGGGCGGCGGCCCCUUUAAGCGCAGGCCAGGCCCGCCAACCGCCUGGGGGGGUCGGCUUGGGAGGGGAUGCGGCGUGGAGCCGGCGGCACUAGAAAAAAUGCAUUAUGAAUGAUGGCCCCUGCUUGCUAAAAUGAAUGCCAAGAGCUCAUGUUCUGAACAUGAGGAUAAAAAAGAUUUGGAAAGGAGUCAACAGUUUUACCUCUAACUACUAAAAAGUUCUUGCCUGCCAAAAUGAACAUUCUUUGAGAAAAAUCUGAAGAACAACUGUGAUUUGAGAAAUGGGAGAAAGAACAAGGAGCUUGGAUUCUGACCAUGACAGAACAUCGGAUGGUGAUAAAAAUAGCAACUCCUACUAUUCAGAUGAAGAUAAUGCAUCUCAUGUCUCUGACCGAUCACUUACACUAAGCUCUCAGUCUACAAGCCAUGGGAAAAAAGAUCACAAAACAGAGACUUUGAGUAGCCUUGUGCAUUACCAAGCCACUAAGAAACCAGUUUCCAAAUAUGCACCAGCCAAAAGAGGGAGAAGGUGGGGGUUUCGCUCCCAGAGCCUCAAUAGGGAUUCUCCUGCAAAAGAUAUAGAUCUUGUUACAAAAAGGGUUCUUUCUGCCAGACUGCUAAAAAUCAAUGAGCUUCGGAAUGAAGUAACUGAACUCCACAUCAAACUAGAUGAGCUGCAGAAAGAAAACAGGGCACUGAAGAGGCUUCAGUACAGGCAGGAGAAAGCCUUGAAUAAGUUUGAAGAUACAGAAAAUGAAAUCUCUCAACUCCUCGCUCGACAUAACAAUGAGAUUAGAAUAUUAAGGGAGCGCUUACGAAAAUCUCGAGAGAGAGAACGCACAACUGAGAGAAGACUGAAAGAGUCAGAGGAUGAACUGUACAGGACAAAAAAUUCUUUGCAAAAACUGAAAAAGCUUUCUGAAGAUAAGCACUUAGCUGAACGAGAUGAACUGGCAAAGAAGCUAGCCUCAGCAGAGAACAGACUGGAGGAGAGUGAGAAAAGAAUUAAGGAUUUGGAGAAAAACCUUGAGCUGAAUAACAGCAGUUUCCAGCGACAAUUGCAAUCUGCGAAAAAAAAGGUACAUGAGGCCCAAGAAGAAAAUAAAGCUCUCCAAGAAGAGCUUCAACAACUAAAUCAAAAGCUAAAGGAAAAAGAGAGAGAACUUGAUGCAAAAAAUAUAUAUGCUAACCGUAUGUUGAAGCCAUCACCUAAAAAAGACACAGAUGUUACACAAAGGAAAAAAGACACUAGCCAGAAUACUAAAAAAGGAAUCCAGACUACAAAAGGAGUACAGACUAGUGGGUACUUCUCACCAAUAGAAUUUCCUCCACCACCAGAGUUUGUUUCUGUUUAUGUAACAGAUCAGAAAGAAGAGGAGACACUUCUUAGAAUGGAACAGGAAACUCAGAAAAAAGAAUGGAAAGAACAAGCAGAGCAUCUAAGUCAACGGAACAGGGAGAGAGAGGAGAAAAUGAAACAUGACCAAGAACUGCAGGCGUUAGAGGAGAGAGCCCAGAAACUAUGUGACGAGUGGAAAAAAGAAGAAUUUGACAGAAGGAAAAAAGAAAAUAACUUUUUAUUGGCUAAAGAAGAAGAGGCAAGAAUUGAGUCAGAAAUAUAUAAAAUUGAAAAUGAGACACACAACAUUGAAAAACUAGAAGACCGACAAAAAAAAGAGUUGCUGCUGGCUAAAAUGUAUAAAAUUGACAGAGAAACUCAAAACACUAUUAGUAUGAAACUUGCUUCGCAAGCACACCUCACAGAUACUGCAUCAAAAUCUGACUCCCUAGAGAAAAAUGAGAAAACCUACCAGUUCUUAGAGACCACAGAAAAAUUGUUUAAUGGAUUUCCAGUAUAUGACAGCCAUGAUGUUACUACAAAAGCAGAAGGACAGAAGCGGCAAAAUGUUAGAACCACAGAUUCAAGUAAUGAUUUGACAUUUGGUAGUUACGUACCUUCCUUUGGGAAAGGAUCCGGGAGGCCAAGUUGGCUUAAUCAAAAAAGUAUUGUCUUAGAAGAAAAUACUAAAGAAAAUACAGAUUUCAAUACUAAGAAAGAGAAAAAGUCUAAUUUAAUGGAGCAACUUUUUGGAACUAGUGCCAACACCAUCGCUCCACCUAAAAGCAGUGACUCAAGUCCUUUGGAAGGUGACUAUGAUUCCGGCAGUGCUCUUCCUCUGGGCAAAAGCAAUAAAGUUAAAGUUAAAGAUGAUGAUUUUUUUUUCAGUGAAGGAAGAAAUUUUAACCCAAAUAGGCACCAUUUACAGCACACAACAAGCAGACCAGCAGUUAAGGCUGUUGAUUCUUUCGAAGAUGAAAUUGAAGAAGUAAUCCUGUGAUGACCACCUUUCAUAUAACUUGUGUGUGAAAAUGCUAUCCAAAUAUUUUAAUACAGUAUUUAUUAUAUACAGAUUUGUAAAGUUUCAGAUAUUAAAAAGCCUUAUGAAGGGAUGAUUUCAAUAGAUAAAUAUAUGUAUUGAGGAAAUAUACACUGCACAUUCAGAUAGAUCGGUCUGGCCUACUCUAACCAGUCUGGCUCCUUGUGCAGUUAUAUUUUUUUAAUGUAUCUUUCCUAAUACAGUCCAUGAAGAUAAAGAGUUGCAGCCAAUAAUCUUGAGGGAAUUUCCUGAACAGAUUCCCAUAUAAUGUAACUGAGUUUGGAUAUAUGCUCACUUCUUCAUUCAGGAGAUGAUACUAUUUCUACCCUACUCAUUUUCCAGUCUACUCUUUGUAUGUGCAUUUGCCACUAUCAAAUCUGUGCAACUGCCAGGGCAAAUUGGUGGUAUUCCAAAAGGCUACCACUAAUGCUCUUCCGUGGAUUUGGAUGGGAGGGAAAGUAGUUGGGCAACACUUAUACCUGCUUUUCUAGAGCCAAACAUGACCUGCGUCAUUUUUCUCACUAGCCUCUGCCUGUGGCAGUGGAAAAGGUCCCAUGAUACUUUCCACACCCUUGUCUCCUCCAGGCUGUGCUAUGUCAUUAUUCCACUGGGCUGUUCAAACACUUCAAAGCAGAUUCAAUGCAGUUAAUGCAGAUCCUAUAUAUAGCUGCUGGGUUUUGGUUGUUUGUUUGCUUUUCCCAAUUGGAUUAAAGAUAAUAGAGAUAACGAGGGGAGGAAGGAUAAUUCAGCCUACAGUUUGGAAGGCCAUGAGUUCUGGCCCCAUCAACCUUUUUGUUAUAAGCUAUCUUUGCAUGGCACCAGGGCCGGCUCCAGGGGUUUUGUCGCCCCAAGCAGCGCAAAAAAAAAAAAAAAAGCCACAAUCGCGAUCUGCAGCAGCAAUUUGGCGGGAGGUCCUCCGCUCCGAGCGGGAGUGAGGGACUGUCUGCUGAAUUGCCACCCAAUAGUUGGACCUGCCGCCCCUCUCCAAAGUGGCCGCCCCAAGCACCUGCUGGUGCCUGGAGCCGGCCCUGCAUGGCACAUUUAAAUACUGUUCUGGGAAAACCUAUGCCAUAGUCACACCUCUCUUAAUUGAAGUGGGUUUGGAUUCUCCACUGAAAAUAAAACAUAUGAACUGCUGAGAAUUUAAAUGAUGAGUUAGGAGGAAGUUAAUCAGUAUAUUUUAAAAUAAAUUCCAAAAAUAUUGCAAAAUCUGACUAUCUCCAAGUCAUACAAACAUUUUUUUUUUAAAUUGAGAUGAGAAUAGUGCGCAUUGUUAAAUAUAACCUACCCAAAUAUUUGUGUGAGACGGCAGAAAGUUAUUGAAACUGAUAGCAUGGAUUUAUAGAAUUUGAGGUUGAGUGAUUGCAGAAUCUGAGAAGGUGCUCUGACAUAUUGGGACAAAUAUGCUAUAAAUGAGAUCCGGAAUGCCUUAAAUAUAGAAGAUUCUUAUAAUUUGGAGUUGUUGCUUGUUCUCCCUUCACAGACACAUGUUGCCUACUGCCUAUUAGAGAACUGAUGCUGGAGAAACCCAUAGAAGUUAUCAGUUAGUUAGCCCAUUUCCUCUCCCUCUCUCCUUCCUAAUUAAAUAAUUCCAGUUGGGUUUACAAUGUAAUUUAGCCCUGUGUUGUAUGUACUAGUACAGUAUAUACUUGUUUGAUCUUCUAGGCCAGUUGAUCUAGUUUCCAUGUAAAAAAAAAAAAAAAUUGGACGGAAAUAAUUUCUUGAAAAUUAUAAAUGUUCAGAACUGCUAAUGAGUCAUCUUGUGAGUUUGUAUACUUGGCUUUGUGUUUUUUCUUAAGUUUUUUUCAACUCUAAAAAUGGACUCUGUAGUUUGAUGCAUAAAGCAUAGUACUGUACUGUUCACAGGGAGCUUUAUUAUUUAAUGUAAAAUGCAUAGAAAUAUAAGCACAGAAGUUGGCUAAUGGUGCAAUGUGCUGUUAUGUGAGACAGCCUGCAUUUGGGAGCAACCACUGGACUCCCACAUCAGCCAGCUGACUUAGGAAAAUGGUGUGGAAUAUGGUGUUUUAUCUGAAGGCAGCUAGUAAUGUGUUACCCUUGAUGUGGAGUACCUCCCUUUGGCUAUUGACAUCUGCUGUCAGUGAUACAUUCAGAGUGCCUCCUUGUGAUGUUAGGGGAAGGCACAUGUAAUUUCAUCUGUAUGAAAAGGAACAUGUAGUAAGCAGGGAACGACAGGCCGUCACUUAGAAUAAAGGAAUAGGUGAAAAGAGAAUGUAAAAGGCACUCGUUCUAUAGUGAGUCACAGAAGACCCUACAUAGAAAACAAUUAUCUCAGGAUCAGCAGCUUUUUUCACAUCUUAACAGAAUUUCUUGUCAUGCAAGAAGUUGUUUGGUCCCAGAUAUAUCAGGCUAGAAUAGAUCUCUAAUUGUGUCAGACUUGUGCUCACCACAGCUGAGGAGAGAGGGAGACAAAGGUGGCGUUAAGCCACCUUUAUGCUUCCCUCAUCCUCUUGGCAGCCAAGGACUAGUCUGGCUGCAGAGCUACUCUAAAUUUAGCUAGUUUUGCAAGAGCCCCAAGGGACUGCUACGCUGCCCCGGGAUCACAGGAGCACAGUGUGCUCUGGUCAUCCUGUCUCCCUCAAUCAUGCUGCUGGUACAUGCCCUCCCCAAGGGGAGCCAGGAGGGUGUAUCGGAGAGUCAGCUAUGCUGUCUCAGCACCAGGCUAGCAUUCUUCAUGCCAGUGGAACUCUGACCUGCCCAUUCAGAAUAACUUCACACCCCUUUUUCAAUACUGCAGCAACACAAAGGACUGUAACCUGGGCCAGAAUCUGGCCUGUUAUCCCCAGCUGUUCAUACAUAGGGCUGUUGAUUUAUAAUCUUCAUUUCCUGCUGCCAUACAUAAUUUUGGAGAGAACAUUUCUUCAUGAAUGUCUCCAACCAAACACUUACAAAAGGUCCAUGAUGGAUGAUGAGCACAUCUGCCAGCUUCUUGUGGCAUGCUCAGAGGGCUGAUGGAGAGGGCCAUGCUCAGAUGCCUGAACCCUCAUACCAUGAAAAAGCAGCUUUUAACAUUUUUAGUGCAAGAAUAAAUAAUUAGUAUGUGUUCGUUUAACACAAAGCAAAGAGGAUUUUAUAAUUGAGAUGUUAAAUUAAUAUGCCAUAGAGAUGAUCAUUUUUAAUGUUUAUAAAGAGAUGCUGUAGUACUGUUCUCGUAUGUAUUAAUUCCAGUUAUAUUUAUUAUGUAAUGUCAGUUGCUUUUGUAACUUCUGAUUCAUCUUCUGUAUAAAAAUUCCAAUCAUAACAAUGCUGAUUUUUAACAAAAUGGUUUUUAUUAAAGAAUUUGAUUAAAGUUUUUGUAUGAAGAUCA